CCGAGUGCCCGACGUGCACCGCGCCUGGAGUUACUGAGCCGCUUCGCUUGCGUUGCUAAGAGCCGCGGAUUGUUUCAUGGCUCCGACUUGUGGGCUCCGAGAGUCGGUAGAGGGGCAGAAGUCCGUGUGCGAGGUCAGUUCAUGGCCUCCUCUACUGCAGCGACGAGGCCACUCUCAGAUCCUGAAACCCAGCACUCUGGUGAUUUUCAUGACCACACAUAACAACUCAUCUGGAGGGGCAUCUCCCCGUGAUUGCCUCCAUUUCUCUUAGAGUGAUGCUGGACAGAGGACAAAAAGGUGCUGUCGUGCAGCGUUCCUGGAGCUUUGAGAGAUCAGUCUGGACUCCAUUAUGCCUGUUUGUAGUGCUGCUUCCUCCUUCCUCCUCCACAUGAAUUACAGGAUACAGCACCCUAGGUGGAUGAUUGAUUCUGGGAACAAGGCACCUUUGGGUGUUUUCCCAACCUGGGAAAGUCAUUAGUUCCCAGAUGCAUACAUUUUGCUUAUUGCAUAGUCCAAGUGUUAACUGAGAAUGGGUGAUCAGGCUGAACUGCCAGUGCACGAUACAGCAAACCUGAUCACCAAUGAGAACACCAGGAUAUGGCUGGAUGACGAAGAGUCCACACCAUUCCAUAACGACACUCUGAAGCAACCCCCUGAAGAGCUGGGGCAUGGGUUUCGAGCAGAGGAGACACCAUUCAUCCCAAGACCCCCGAUGAAACCAAAGCCUCCUCAGCAGAGUAGGUUACAACGUCUGCACUCACUGGAAAGCAUGCGGAUCCAGAGGGAGACAAAGAUCAGAGGCAGUGAGGGGAGCUCAUCUGAACCAAUCGACACUGACUCUUCAUAUAAAUCUCUCCACGGGGAUUUCUCAUACUCUCCCGUACCACGUCUCCAGCGGAGCUCUACAGUGACUUACCAGAAGUUGUCUAGAAGCAGCAACAGCAGCAGCAGCAGUAGCAGCUGCAGCAUGCAAGACUGUGACAUCAGGCAGUUGACCAGCAGCUUGAUAAAGAACAGAAACAGCCCCAACCCCUUGGAUCCUGAGCCCAAACAACCUUUCAGUGAUAAAACAGUAUCAUCAGCCAGAGGGACACUACCUCCAGUGGUGCAUACCAAGCCUCUCCCUCCCAUUACUGUUAAUAUAGAUUCUCCAGCACUAAGGACCAGUAAUAGGAUUGACCUGGAUUAUGCAGAUUACAUUCAUCUGACUGGGAAGGAGCUGUCAAAUCAGCACAACCAUUUUUAUUCCCCAUCCCAAGGUACUGAGGACAGUCAGUCGUUUUUCUCCAUGUCUUCUUCAAGCAGUAUCUUGUUUCCUGUCCAUUUAGAAGAUGUUCGGAACAGAAGUUACCUGGAUGGUAGUCUCCUGACCAACGGAGGACUUUUGGGGGCUGGUGAAUUGGAUCGCUAUUUUCCUGAUAGAAGGAUACGAGUAUUUGUUGCCACGUGGAACAUGCAAGGCCGGAAGGAGCUCCCAGAUACGCUGGAAGAUCUGCUGUUGCCCUACGACUGUCACUACAUCCAUGACAUGUAUGUCAUCGGUACUCAGGAAGGAAUCCCAGACAAGAGAGAGUGGGAUAUUCGCCUGCAGGAGGUGCUGGGGCCUUACUUUGUAUUGCUAUAUUCAGCAGUACAUGGAAUGUUGCAGCUUUCCAUGUUUAUCAGGAGAGACCUCAUCUGGUUCUGUUCAGAGGUAGAGCAAGCAGCUGUGACAACUCGGAUAAUCUCCCAGGUCAAGACGAAAGGAGCUGUGGGAAUCUCAUUCACUUUUUUUGGGACAUCCUUCCUGUUCAUUUCUUCUCAUUUUACCUCCGGGCCAGGGAAGGUUAUUGAGAGGAUGCAGGACUAUAAUAAAACAAUAGAAGCUCUUGCACUGCCAAGGAUCAUCCCCGACACUAACAGCUACAGGUCUGAGCCAAAUGAUGUGACCACCCGAUUUGACAAUGUUUUCUGGUUUGGUGACUUUAACUUUCGGCUAGAUGUAAAGCGAGCAGUGAUCGAUGAGCUUCUGCACAGCAGCACUAAGGAUAAUCUCCGCUCUAUUCUCCAUUAUGACGAGCUGACCAAAAAACUACAGGAAGGCUCUGUUUUCAAAGGGUUCAGAGAAGCCGAAAUAAGUUUUCCUCCCACCUACAAAUUUGACAUUGGAUCUGAUGUGUACGACAGCAGUGCAAAGAAAAGGACUCCAUCUUAUACGGAUAGAAUCAUAUGCAAGAGUCGGCAGAAAGGUGACAUUCUUGUGGUUAAGUAUGGCUCCUGCAAUUCCAUUAAAACCUCAGACCACAGGCCUGUUUACUGCUUCUAUCAAGUCAGGAUUCGACCAGGAAGAGAUAACAUCCCACUGUGUGCCGGUCAGUUUUACAGAGAUAUUUACUUGGAGGGAAUAAAGAGACGGUUCCUCAAUGAGCAGAAACAACAUGCUUUAUCGAACCAGAAGAACAGCACUAUCUGCAGUGUCUCCUGAUACAACUAACAACGAAACAUGAAGCUUCCUAAAUCUGCAAUGGGAUGGAGGUACCGGAUGCAGGCCUGACCUCACACUUUACUAAAGCCCUUGCCACAGACCAGCCAACCACAGAUGCAAUGCCAAGGACAAAGGACAGUGUAGGCAAGGGUGCCAUGGAACCUGGUUAUAAAUAGUAGCUGUGUGUGCACAUUAAAUUGAUCAUUGCCUUGUUUUUUAUAUUUUGUAUUUACAACACAUUGGAAAUGUUUCAGACAUUAGAUUUAAAAAAUCAAAUGUUGGAACUUGAUAAAAUUGCUUAAUGUUAUUUCUAAGUGUCUUCCUCUGAAGUUUGCUGGAUUCUGUGGUCCCCAGGAGUUCCUGUGUGCACGGGUACAAGCUAUGCAUUCUAGGUGGCCAUUCUUUAAACAUACACCAUAAAUAACAGCAAGAUGUUGCAGCGAGGGUGAUGUAAUUUCACAAUAUCUUGUUCUCAUCCAUAAUUCACAGGCAUCUCAUCAUCAAUGGGAGUCAGUGAGCAGGAAAACAAUACCCAGGCCAGGAACGCUGAUCUUCCAGGAUUUGUUCCUUUGUAAUCUUGCUGCAAUACCUUGAAUUUCAAUACCACCCUUCUUUUAAAAUAAUUAAGGCUGUUACCAAAGAAACUAGUGAACAGACUGCACCAAACUGUUAGUCUUAUUUUAUUUGACAAUUAUUAAACAAUAUCACGAG